ACACACACACACAUAUACUAGUGGCGGCCACAUUUUCGCAGCCUGCUCUUCAGACUGACAGCAGCAAACGGAGUUGAGAGGCAGCACGAUAGAGCAGGGGAGGAAGAGAAAGAGAAUUAGAAACAAGGGAGGCAUCCACAGAGGACACUACACAGGAUUCUUCUCCUUUAUCUCUCUGGGAGCCAUAAAAGGAUUCUCCCCUUCUUGAACUGAACUUGCUCUGCUGCUAAGAGGACCUGCACCCUGCUAUGGCAGCCCCAUUGGGACAUGAGAACACUGUCUCCCCCUUGUCUUGUUCCUCCCAUCGUUGGACUAUCCUCCUCUGGGCUCUGUUGACCCUUUCAAGCCAAGUGUGGGGCUUUAAUCUGGAUACUACACACACGCUGCAUAAGUUGGGAGACCAUGGCACCUUUUUUGGUUUCUCUCUAGCACUUCACCAGCAGCUUACCCCAGAGCCUCAGAGCUGGAUCCUCGUGGGGGCACCGCAGGCAGCGGGGCAGGGCCUGUUGCGGGGGAGCCGGCCAGGAGCCUUGUUCAGGUGUCCAAUCACGCCAGAGGAGUACGACUGUGAGAGGGUGGAUAUUGAUGGAGAAGUGAGUCUGGACAGAGAGAGCAAAGACAACCAGUGGCUGGGAGUCACUGUCAAGAGUCAGGGGAUUGGAGGGAAGGUGGUGACCUGCGCUCACCUGUACGAGCUCAGGCAACGCGUGAGUCAACCCUCAGAGACCCGUGACCCCAUUGGACGCUGCUAUGUCCUCAGUGAGGACCUGACAGAGCGAGACGACCUGGAUGGAGGGGAGUGGAAGUUCUGCGAGGGCCGGCCACAGGGACACGAGCAGUUUGGCUUCUGCCAGCAGGGACUGUCUGUCAGUUUCACUCCAGACAACAACUUCAUUCUGUUUGGGGCUCCAGGAACUUACAACUGGAAAGGUGAGAUGCGCGUCCAGCUCCUAAACCAGACUCUGCUCGAUCUCGGUUUCUAUGACGACGGGCCCUACGAGGUGGCAGAUCAGAAACAACUUAAUGCCCAGCUCAUCCCUGUGCCCUCCCACAGUUACCUGGGGUUUUCUGUGGACUCGGCUAUGGGGAUAAUGAGCCUUGGAGAGCUGACCUUUGUGGCGGGUGCACCUCGGGCCAAUCACACAGGGGCCGUGGUGCUGUUGAGGAAAGACAACGUAUACCGGCUGGUGCCACAGCACAUCUUCUGGGGGGAGGAGCUGGCGUCUUCAUUUGGGUAUUCGGUAGCUACGACGGAUCUAAACAAGGACGGCUGGACAGAUCUGAUUGUUGGAGCUCCAAAUUUCUUUGACCGUAAGGCAGAGAUUGGUGGAGCUGUGUAUGUGUACCUGAACCCCUUCGGUCACUGGGACGAUCAAGCUCGGCCAAUCCGUCUCAACGGGACGUACGACUCCAUGUUUGGAAUGACAGUCAGUAACAUAGGAGAUCUGGACCAGGACGGAUACGGAGAUAUUGCUGUGGGGGCACCGUUUGAUGGAGACGGCAAAGUUUUUAUCUACAGAGGCUCAGAUGCUGGAAUUGAAACAAAACCUGCUCAGGUGCUGGACGGUCGCGACUUUGAUGUGAGACGUUUUGGAUACUCCAUCUCAGGCGGUUUGGAUAUUGAUAAUAACCAGUACCCAGAUGUUGCGGUGGGCUCUCUCAAUGACUCAGUGGUUCUCUUCAGGUCUCGUCCAGUCAUCCAUGUGAUCAGAGAAAAAUCUAUCGACCCUCAGAACAUUGAUCUGGAACAGAACAACUGCAAGGGCAGAGAGGGAGUCUGCGUGGAGGUCAAGGCGUGCUUCACCUUCACAGCCCACCCAGAACACUACUCACCACACAUUACCCUAGUGGUGCUCUUUGAAGCCGACACUGAACGCAGGAAGCUGGGCCUCCCACACCGCGUUAACUUCCUGGGCCGCAGUUCUCUGGAGCCAGAGUACACUCAGACAGAAGAGGUGGAGCUGCAUCGGCAGCGUCACCCCGUGUGCACCACUGCUACCUUCCAGCUCCACGAGAACAUCCGUGACAAACUUCGUCCCAUCUCUCUGGCAAUAACCCACACCAUCAAGCCUGUGCCACCACGCAGACACUCAGGUGCCAAGAGGCUGGAGAAGCUGGCGCCUGUACUGAGUGUUUCUCCUUCUAAUACACUGCAUACGGAGGUGAACUUCCUGCGAGAAGGAUGUGGCGAAGACAAAAUCUGCCAGAGCAACCUGAAGCUGAGCUACCAGUUUGGAACACGACCCAUCACCUCUGACCUCUUCACCCCACUGCCAAAAGAUGAGGAUGAUGUGCAGGUGUUCUCCCUGUCAGACCAGCGGCUGGUGGUGCUGGAGAUCACCGUCACCAACAUGCCCUCUGACCCUCUAAGGCCGGAGGAGGAUGGAGAUGAUGCCCACGCUGCUCAGCUGCUUAUCUCCUUUCCAAACACCCUGUCGUAUGCUGGCUCCAGGGUCCCACCUCAGAUGAGAUGCCAAGCGAACCAGAAUGGCUCCCAAGUUGAAUGUGACCUGGGAAACCCUGUGAAAAGAGACACUAAGCUGAAAUUCACCAUCAACUUGAGUACAUCCAACAUCACAAUUGAGACCACAGAGCUGACGGCAGAUCUCUUACUGACAACGAUCAGUGAGCAGCCUGACUUGGCACCAGUCACAGCUUUUGCUAAAGUUGUGAUAGAGCUCCCUCUGUCUGUCAGUGGGCUUGCUCGUCCUCACCAGCUGUUCUUCAGUGGCACAGUGAGGGGAGAAAGUGCCAUGACCAGUCUAGAGGAAAUCGGCAGCCCUGUGGAUUUUGAGUUUGUGGUUGCUAAUCCUGGACAAGUCCUGCAGACACUCGGCUCGGCCUUCCUCAACAUCAUGUGGCCUUACGAGCUGGCCAAUGAGAAAUGGCUCUUGUAUCCUGCCAGCUUGAAGUUUGAGGGUCACCCAAACACCCAGUGCACCCCGACGGGGGCCUUAAAUCCUCUGCAGCUAUACAGCUCCUCAUCUGCAGAACUCCCACAGCCUGUCAAUCAUGUGGCGGGGCGAACACGCCGCUCCCACCCAGAGGAGGAAGGUCAAGUGAUGACAAAGGGCGAUGUGGGGCGAACCACCCCAGCUGUGGCAGCUUCAGAGAGACGCAAGUCGCUCAAACUGGAUUGUCUCUUGGGGUCGGCACGCUGUGUUCUGUUCCAGUGUCCCCUCCACAGCUUCUCCGGUCAGGCUGUCCUCAAGAUUCACGCCAGGCUGUGGAAUAGCAGUUUCAUAGAGGAUUUUCCAUCCGCCAGUGCUCUGGAGCUGCUGGUCAGAGCCAACAUCACUGUGAAGUCCAGCAUCAAACACCUGGUCCUCAAGGACGCAGCUGCACAGGUUCCAGUGAUGAUCUAUCCUGAACCUGGUCUCGCUGACCAGUACUGGAUCCCCUGGUGGAUCAUCCUUAUCGCUGUUCUGGCAGGCAUCCUGCUGCUGACUCUGCUGGUCUGCAUACUGUGGAAGUGUGGCUUCUUCCAGCGGGCCCACUACAAAGACAAAUUGCCUCAGUACCACGCGGUGAAGAUUCCUCGCGAGGACCGGCCACAGUUCCAGACUGAGAAGUCAGGAGUUGUCCAUAAAAAGGAAUGGGCCACGCACUGGACCGACGGGACCUCGUAACUCGCUUUGAAGCACUGACUGACUGAAUUAAUUCAAAUCACCAUGUGUGGCACGCAUUCUGUCUUUGCAUUGGAACUAACGGACUAAAAAAAGUGCACAUGGACUGAGAUCGUGACAUCUUGUGCACUCUGUACUGUGUCAGUACUUGUAAAUUGGUGGCCUGUUACAGUGUGACUGGAUCUAUACUCUUCCAUUCUGUAGCCUGAUGGCUGAUGGCUGGCCUAGCAUAGUCUAUUUAUACUGUGCAUCUAUAUCAGUGUGUUACUGUUAAUACUGAAGGCCAACUACAAUAUUAGAACCAGUCUAGCUGCUCAAGAUGCUUUGCAGCCUGCAGGAGGAGCACUGAUGCUCCCAAGGACUUCACUGUCUGUCAUCAGGACAAAGGAGGUCAGAAAAUCACAACUCAAAGACAUGCAUGAAUGCACAUACAGUAUAAUCUUAGAUGAUACAGACACACUGGACAAUAAUGAAGAAGCCACUGCCCAUGACAAAGACUACUUUUUUGCCUUAAUAACUACUGUAAGACUGACGACUGAUAUGGGCAAUGAAAAAUGCAUUUUUUAUAUAUAUAACUGUUGUUUUGGGAUUUUCUUUUAGUUAGCACUGGUAAACAUUGGGAAAAUGACAGUAUGUAAGAUAUCAUAUCAGUUACAUGUUGCAGAGCACUGAGUGUUGUUGUCUGGGCUUGCUGAUUACUCUGAAAUUAAGUUCACCUGAUGGUUUUUGUAUUUCCUUAUUCAAGGAAAAGAAAUGCCUUUUUGUGUCAAAAUUUUUUUCACUUUUUGUUAACAUGUCAGUCAAAUGUACUGUACAUAAGUCGUUUAUUGCCUGAGUGAACUUGAAUAAGAGCAAGAAAACCACAAUAUGACAACCACGGCCAUAGCACUGUAGUCGCAUGAAAAUCAAAUGUGUAAAGGAAAAAGCAAUAUUUAAAAUAUGGUCUGCACAUUUGUAAUAUAAGCAUUUAAGUCUCUGAAUUGGUGUAUAAAAGAAUUAUGUGUGAACACUCAAAUUAAAGGUCCAGAGUGUAAGAUUUAGAGGGAUUUAGUGGCAGCUAGUGGUGAGGAUUGCAGACUGCAACCAGCUGAAACUUCUGGUUAGAAUUCUGUCAGUCUUUGUGCAGUCAGUGUUCAUUGUUCAGGAGGUUUUUACGAGAAGCCGAGUUACCUGCAGAGGUCAAAUAGACCAGGGGUCUCAUUUAUAAACAUUGUGUAUGCACAAAACGAGGCCUGAAAGAUGUAUGCCACUUCCCACGCAAAAGUUGUGAUCUAUAAAAAAGACGAUGGGGGAAACUUUAUCCCAGGAGAAAGGAAAUUGGCGAUGCAGAUGAUGAGGUGGAAGCCUGAUUGAAGAAACUGUUUAUAUUGGUGCACGCCAUUUUUGGCUUUUGUCCGUAUGUAUAUUUUUAGUAUGGAUCCUAUGCAGUGUUUUAUAAAGAGACCCCUGGUGAUUUAAGCUGGUAAAAACAUUGAAUAAAGUGGUUUCACAUUACACUGUAGCCCUUUUAAAAUGGGAAUUGUGCAAAUUUGCAGGAAAGCCCAGUCAGUCUUUUUUCAGCAUUGGCAGAAUAAAAACAAAAUCGGGGAGUGUGGCAAAAUGCCGCCCGCCUACUUUUGUUUAUACAGAAUGCACCUUUUUCGGGGCAAUGGGGGGCGUGAGCAAGUUACAAAACGUGUAGCUCAGUGUGUGAUGUAACCAGUGACGUGGGAGGGAAGCUGCGGCUGGUCAGUCCUUCGGCGAUUCUCUCAUAAGUCAGCCCGUUCUUCAUCAGACGGUUAAUGGCCUCUUUGUUUGCGAGGACAAGGAGGCUGCACAAUUCCUUGUCUCCCCAGUUGCUCAUCUUUACAGUGUCUGUCAGGUUUGCGUUUCCCUCUUGCUACUAGCUGCUCGCUAAUUCCUGCUAUCAGCUGUUUCCUGUUUAUCCACCGCCAGUGGGUCGCAGGCGCGGCGUCAUCAACAGCUCCUCCCACAAGUCUUCAACAGCCCCUCCUGUUGCGGAAGGCCGCCUCGGUCUGUUUAAACUAAAAGGGUUCCACCAAUAUGACUACCCUACGAGGCGGUAAAUUGGACACCUUGGAUCAACUCGCCAAUCUGGCUCUGUGUGUCUAAACGCUCGCAGCUUGCCGUCAAAAUGACCCAACAUUCAUGGAACAUCUGGCAGUGUAAAAGGGGCAAGUGUUUCCCUGAAGCAGUUUGGCAUGUCAGAGAUGGGCUGUUAGCCCAGCACCUGUUGAUACAUGCUCACCUUUUGCCUCUGAUAACUUCAGAUACAGACGUUCAGGAGGUUUUAUCUGGGAGCCAAAUAAUCUACAGCUGUCUUUUCCUCUCCAAAACAAACGGACUCAGUGAUUGACACCAGUAAGAACACACGGCAGUGGCACGUUAAAAAAAUACAUGUUUUUCCAAUGUUAUUGAUGUGGAGGGGCUGCUAACUACGGUGGUCGACAUGAAAACGCAAAUGGCCCCAUCUAGAGUCAAUGUUUGGUUUUUCUGUUCUGGGCUACUGUAGAAACAUGGUGGUGUACCAUGGCAAUCACCGUAGAUGAGGACUCGCUCCCUAUGUAGAUAUAAACAACUCAUUUUAGUAAUGAAAGGACAGCAAUUAUUAUUUUCAGGUGAAUAUAGACUAAAGAAAACAUACCGAUAUUUCAUUUUUGCCAAUAUGUCCCUCUAAAUCUUACACACUGAACCUUUAAAGCCUAUAAUACUAUACAUAACCACAAAUUCAAAAUGUCAUAAUUAUGAGGUUUUCAGCAGCAACACCUCUAUUUCAUUUUUUUAACUGAGCUGUAACAAUGUUUCACCAGGAGACAUCAUGACCUUUGUAUAAAUACUUCUUAGCUGGAUUACAUUAACCUGCUUGUUACACUGUUCCUGGUACUGUGCUUCAGCCACACUUGCCAGGGUAAGAUAGUACAUUCAUUUCAGUAGAGUCAUUUCUAACUGCAUACAAGUGCCUUAUGGUAAAAGUGGCAGAUUGUGAGCUACUGGUAAAGAACACAAGGCAACUUGCAAAUUGGGUCAGGCUGUGAAGCAUCUGUUGGACACCUGUGGACAAAUAACAUCCUUCCAGCAGUUAAACAGCAUGAUGAGAGGAGAGAAGAUUUCCAGAAGAACAGAAUAUGUCAGCAAGGAACCAGACAAACUUUCUUUGGAUCUAACUGGGGUCGAUGAAGUGGCUGUAAAGCAUGAAGAGUCAGCUUGUUUUUUAGGUAUUGCUGGACAAUCUUGUAUUAGCUGCAUGAAGCUCCUGUUGCUGUUCAGUCCCUUUUUUUCCCCUCAUUGUCAUGACUCAGUGUUUUAUUUAUUUUAUGUUUGGCUGCAUUGUUUUAACAUUGUAAAUAAAAUAAAAGGAAACAAAAUAAACCCAUCAGAUAACAUACAUCGCGUCAUUGUCAGUGACCAGCGACUGGUUAGCCUGCAGUUCACUCAGUGAACACCAGGUGGAGACAAAAGUCUGGAAACUGAAAUACCCCUCUGGUCUCUGCACUAUUUGGGCCUUUUUGGUGUUUAUUUGAUACACAAAGUAAAUUAAAAUGGAUAUACAAAGUAAGUACGGAACAAAAACAAUUAUAGGAUAAUAACAGGGCUUGUAUGGAAUAAAUUUGCAUUAUUUUGUUCCUUAUUUGUAUGGUAAUGUUGCCCAUACCCUUGUGAGUGUGACUUGAAUUUGUCAGCAUGAGCAGAGACAUAUUUCAUCACAAGGACAGAUAUUGGUGGUACUUUUUUUUUGUGCUUUUGCAACGUGAUCUCACUUCUUAUCUCUCAUGUUUUUCUGCUUGGGCAGAAGCCCCUGCAUUACUGAAAUGAGUCAGCCUUUUGCAUUGUAUUUUGACACAGAAAAGGGUGGUCAUAAGAAGGGGUCGGUGGUCAGGUUUAGGCAUCACUGGUCUCCUGGGUCAGAGUCUGGUGUUUGUUGGACAGUGAUGUUGUUUGGACAUUAUCCGAACGGUGUAUUUUUGUGCCCUGUGAAUGAGGACCAGGGCGACUCUUGAAA